AUGGCCUCCCAGCCGCUCUACCCAGCUUACCUGCCCACCCGGCCCGAUGGCUUCCAGCCGACCAUUGACGUCCCAUACUUUGAGGCAGAAGAGCCUGGGGUGAGAGCGAAGAAAUCCAACAAGCUCUCCGUCUUCAAAGCCCAGGAUGCAAAGGUGGAGAAUAUGACCCCACGGGUUGGGUCUGAGAUCCGCGGGGUCCAGUUGAGCCAGCUGUCUGGCGCCGGCCUUGAUGAGGUCGCGUUGCUUGCGGCCGAGAGGGGCGUGCUCGUGUUUAGAGAUCAAGACUUUGCCGACGUGGGGUUUGACAGACAGAAGGAGAUUGUCCGACACUAUGGACCACUUCAUCAACACCCGACGAUGGGCUAUCCAGAGGGCACCGGCCCCGAAUUCCACGUCGUCUACGCAGAUGAAAAGGCAGGCAACCUGCGAAACCUUCUCGGUCCACGCACGAGCUACGAUCUCUGGCACGUGGACCAAACCUUCACCCCAAAUGUCCCAUCAACCACGUUCUUCUGGGUCCUAGAGUCUCCGGCUUCGGGCGGCGGCGACACGGCCUUCACCUCCUUGACCGCCGCCUACUCCGCUCUCUCCCCCGCAUUCCGGCGGACCCUCCACCCCCUCCGGCUCUUCCACACCUCCGCGUCCGUGGGCGAGGUCGCCCGCGUCGGCACGGAGCGGGCCCUCAAAGAGGCAGUCUCUACUACUCAUCCCCUCGUCAUCAAGCACCCGGUCACCGGCAAGCCCAGCCUGUUCGUCAAUCCGACCAUCGCGCGCAAGGUAGAGGGUUUCUUGCCGGAGGAGUCGGAUGCACUGCUGGGAUUCCUACACAACCACAUCCGCAGCUUGGACUUCAGCUGCAGGGUGCGGUGGGAGAAGGGAACGGUUGUGGUGUGGGAUCAACGGAGUGUGGCGCAUACCGCCGUGCCGGAUUUCCAGGACGGAGAGAGGCGACACAUGGUCCGCAUCAUUCCGUACGGGACGAGACCGGAACCGGCUUUUCCUGAAGAGCAUGGACCGGCCCGGGAAGACGAGGGCAAGGCGGGAGGCUCUGAUUAG